UCCCGCGCUGCCUCCCCGCCACCUCCGGCCGCCUGUUUCUCGACGGCUGUUUCAUCCGCUACGACCGCUACAACUUCCUCAGCGAGAGCACCGAUUCGCGCCUGGACACAGCCAACUGCAGUAGCGCCUCGCGCGGCACGGCGGUUUUCGAGGCGGAGGCCAGGAGAUUGAUUGACGGCGUGGCGAGUGACGCGGUGGCGCGUGGAGGAUACGCGACGGGGAAGCAGAACGGGGUGUACGGAUUGGCGCAGUGCUGGAAAACGGUGAGCGGAGAAGGGUGCAGGGAUUGCUUGGAGAAGGCGAGGAGAGAGGUGAAGGGUUGUUUGCCGAGCACGGAUGGGAGGGCGCUGAACGCCGGCUGCUACCUGAGGUAUUCCGCUGUCAACUUCAUCAGCAAUCGGAAUGAGGACGACGGCAGUAAUUCCGGUGCAACAAACGUCUGAGUUUAUAUUGGAUGAUGAAAUUCUUAAGAGAGUCGAUUCACACAUGUUGAUGUUAAUUGUUAAGGUUGCUAUUGCAGAUAGCUCAGAUCAUUUUUAUGUAAUAUUGACGUCAACGGGGUUACGGGGCUGCUGCAUGAAGAUGAAUUACCUCAUGCUUUGCAAUAUACAGACUAUGGAGUAUAUGAUCCUGAAAAGAUUAAAGAAAUGUUGUAUAUAUCAAGAAAACAAAGAUGGGUGGAUCAUUCCCAGUCAUCACGUGUGGAAAGUGAAAAGAUGAGACGCAAGCUACUUGUUUUAACUAUUUUAGUAGAUUAGAUGAAUAGAUGAUGUAGUUGAUGAUUAAAUACUUUUUGUAUCAUUGAUUUAGAACCAAAAGUUAAAUAAUUAUAUGCAAAUAAGAUUUUAUCCUAUUAUUAUCAUAUUAUGCAUUUGUAUAUCAUCUCUUGUGUACGUAUUAU